AUGGAUGUCGAUUCUUCGUCAUCUUCGCCCUCGGAGCGGUUGUCGGUCGUGUGUUCUGCGUCUGCCGAGUACAGCUCAAAUUCUUCUGAACACUCUCCUCAUUCAAGAAGGAAUUCCGUUGGCGAGAGCGUCUUGAAGGACGAGCAGUACUGGGAGCGACGCCGAAAAAACAACGACGCAUCGAAGCGUUCUCGAGAAAAGAGGAGAAUAGGAGAUAUGGUAAUUCUUCUUUAUGGAACUUUGCUUUCAUUAGGCAAUGGAACAGCGUAUACUGGCGCUUUCACAGGGAAGAAUCACCUACUGAAGUCUCGCUUGGAAUCCCGAACAGCAGCUGAAAGUCUGCUACAGACCGCCCGUUCGGACUUUCCCGCUCUUCCUCCACAGAGCAGCACGGUAAGCUAA